CAGAAGAAGAAAAAAAAGUGGGUCAAACGUUAUUAUAAGUAGUAAAACCGAGUCCACGAAAGACGCGCAAUCCCCCGUAGCCACACCACAGAACAGGAGCAAGAAGAAGCAGGUCAUCGAGAAUGAGCGGAGGCGCUGGACAGGUGGUUUGCGUGACCGGUGCUUCCGGUUACAUCGCUUCAUGGAUCGUCAAGUUUCUCCUCCGUGGCGGUUACACCGUUAAGGCCACUGUUCGCAACUUAAAUGAUCCCCAAAAGACACACCACUUGGUUAGCCUCGAAGGUGCUAAGGAGAGACUCCACCUCUGCACUGCGAAUCUUCUAGAAGAAGGCUCCUUCGACUCUGUCGUUCAAGGUUGUCAUGCCGUCUUUCACACUGCUUCCCCCUUUUAUCAUGAUGUCAAGGACCCCCAGGCUGAAUUGUUAGACCCAGCUGUGAAGGGAACUCUCAAUGUUCUGAAGUCGUGUGUGAAGUCACCGACGCUGAAACGCGUUGUUUUAACUUCUUCUAUUGCUGCAGUUUCAUACAAUGGAAAGCCUCGAACUCCCGAUGUAGUCGUUGACGAGACUUGGUUUUCCAACCCGGAUUUCUGUAGGGAAUCACAGAUGUGGUAUCCACUUUCAAAGACUUUGGCUGAAGAAGCUGCCUGGAAAUUCGCAAAAGAAAACAACAUUGACAUGGUUACUAUUAACCCAACAAUGGUGAUAGGACCUCUUUUGCAACCAGUCCUUAACACAAGUGCUGCUGCAAUUUUGAAAUUAAUUAAUGGUGCACAAACAUUUCCAAACGCAACUUUUGGAUGGGUCAAUGUGAAAGAUGUUGCAAAUGCUCAUAUUCAAGCAUAUGAGAGUGCUUCAGCUAAUGGAAGAUAUUGUUUGUGUGAAAAAGUGGCACAUCACUCAGAAAUUGUGAAAAUUUUACGGGAUUUGUACCCGGCAUUGCAACUACCAGAGAAGUGCGCAGAUGAUAAGCCACAUGUGCCAACAUAUCAGAUUUCCAAAGAAAAGGCAAAGAGUUUGGGGAUUGAAUUUAUUCCUUUGGAAGUAAGCCUCAAGGAGACUGUGGAAAGCCUUAAAGAAAAGAAGUUAACCAACUUUUAAUUUGUGAUAGGGAAACUUGUUUAGUUGGUGUUGUGAUUUUGAUGCUUGUGCUUAUGAAUAAACUUCCUAGAAAUCUGUUUUGAUACAAGUUUAGAAACGCUUUUGAAAGCUUUUUUAUUGAAAAAAGUCUUAUAUUUCAAUAGCGAAGUUCUCAAAAGAGUUUCUAACUUUUAUCCAAACAAACUUUAAAUAUAAGACUUAAAUCAAAACUGGUAGAAGUACUCAAAUAAGCCAUUAUUGCUCUGGUUUGUACUAGUGACAAUUAUGUUUCAAGCAUAAGGUCCUGGUAUAAUUUGCAUUAUAGUCUAUCCUUAUUAUAUUAUAUUAGCGGAGUUGAGGUUA